GUUUUGCUUAGCUACUUACCAACGUUUCCUAACAUAUUCUCUGGUUUUCGUCUCGACUAUUUUUCUAAUUAUUCCACUGGACAUUUUCAACACUGAUGCAAAUCAAGUGACUACAUUGGAGGUUAUUGGUAUUGAGACUCCCAUCAACCUGCAGCAGUUGCAGAUCGACCACAGAGAAUUUGGGAAUGAUCUGAAAUUAAAAUUGGCAGCGGAACACAAUCGCAACCUACCAAUACAAUUUUCGAGUAAAAUUAAACCCAACGAAACUCGUUUUAAUGCUUCCUGCGCCCAAUUCACGUCACCUUUCGAAAUCAGCUUCAACAAUAUUUACUGGCAACUCCAAGAAAUGCCGUCGAGCAAAACAGUUUUCCACAUUUACGGGGCCUACUAUGACAAUCGGACCGCCGCGGCUGACAAACCUGCCGUUCGCAUUGUGGCUUUUCUUACGAAAGUGCCAAGGAAAAAACCGUACUGCCAAUUUUGGUUUGAAGGCAAACAGCAACCGACUAUAGUCCAGGCAUACCUUCACUUGCUGUGGAGACCCGCGAAGAAUGGAAAAAGUAUGAUGUACCCCUUCUUAAUAACCUGCAAAAUUCCCCCAAAAAUGGCCAAUCGGGUUCCUGCUUCCGUUUCUUUGGUAGAUAAAGUGUGUGACAAAGCUACAAAUAACCUGCGGGUUAUUUUCAACCCUUUGCCCGUUGGCGAAAAGAAAAAGGACUUCCUAGUGUGCGUCAAGGCACUCUUUUUGACUCACAAACCGCACAUGGCAGUCAGAAUAGUGGAAUGGAUCGAGUUGGUCAAACUGUUGGGAGGGCAAAAAAUCGUUAUUUACAAUUUCCAGAGCCAUGAAAACGUAUCCCGAGUACUGGAUUUCUACGCAAGCAAGGGUAACUUUGAGGUUGUGCCGAUGACGCUUCCUGGGAAAUUUCCCAACAACCCUGAUUUGAUUUCGGACUUUUUGGAGCAGGAACGUUUAUUUCAAUAUGUCAACGACGCUGUUCAAGAAAUCGACUGCUUAUACCGCCAUCUAUAUCAGUUUAACUAUUUGGCCACUUUGGACAUAGACGAGGUAACAGUUCCAAUAAGCGAAGACAACUGGCACGAUUUAAUCUACAAUGUGGCGCUGCCUAAAGCUGCUGAACAGCAAAAAUCCUUUGCUGCAUACGUGACGAGGAAUACAUAUUUCAUGGAUGACCAGAUUGAACGUCAGUCCUGGUUCCCAGACGUACCGAAUUACAUGCACAUGCUGCAAAAUGUGAAUCGAAACAAUUUUCAUAACCCUGCAGGACGUUAUGAAGGCGGCGUCAUGAAUUCAAAAUCUAUCUUUGACAUUGACAAGAUGCUUGCCUUGUUCAGUCAUUACCCUAGGUCGUGUCUAACUGAAGAGUGCGAAUAUCUUACAUUCGAUCCCUCAGAAUCGCAACUUCAACACUACUGUAUUGGCCGCAAGAAAGACGGUUGUAAAACCACCAAUGAUGACCAUGAAUUGGUGCAAGAUUUUGCACUUUGGAAGUACAAGGAUCAACUUAUUGAAAAUACAAAUGAGGUUCUGAAAGAGUGUAAUUUUUUUAAAUAAAAAUUGUGCUGAG